AGAAGCUCAAAAAAACGCUUCGAUGGAGAGCGGAAUGAUAUCGGUCGACAGAUGGGCGGCCGGCAGCCAGGCCUACUUCCUGACGCAUCUCCACGCCGACCACACCGCUGGUCUCUCCGCCGCGUGGCGGCGCGGCCCCCUCUUCUGCUCCCGCCUCACUGCCAAGCUUAUCCCCUGCAAAUUCCCGGGAUUCGAUGUCUCUCUCCUCCGCAUCGUCGAAAUCGGCACCUGGCAUUCGCUCUCCCUGACUUCUCCUUCGUCUCGCUCCAGCGUCGAAUUUGUGUUCAAGGCGAUUGAUGCUCAGCAUUGUCCUGGUUCAGUUAUGUACUUAUUUCGUGGUGAAUCUGGCUGUACGCUUCACACUGGGGAUUUUCGAUGGGAAUCAAAUAGUUUAGGCACUGAAAAUGGAAGGGCUGUGUUGAUUGAUGCUCUAAAGGAUCAGACACUCGAUACUCUUUAUUUGGAUAAUACUUACUGCAACCCACAAUACUCGUUUCCUUCUCGUGAAGUGGCUUCCAAACAGAUAGUUGAUAUUAUCAUGUCUCAUCCAAACGAUGAAGUAGUUAUUGCAAUAGACUCAUUGGGAAAGGAAGACCUUCUGCUCUAUAUAUCACAAGCACUGAGCAUGAAGAUUUGGGUAUGGCCGGAACGAUUACAAAUUAUGCAUCUACUUGGUUUUCACGAGAACUUCACGACCCAGACUUCUCUUACUAGAAUCCGUGCUAUUCCUCGUUACAGUUUUAAAACUGACACUCUUAACAAGCUGAAUGAAUUCCGUGGCCCAACCAUAGGUAUUAUGCCAUCUGGCAUGCCAUGGGCUGUGGCCAGGAAAGAUGGGAAUACGGUUGGUGCUUCUGCAUCUCAUGUGAAUGAAAAAGAGUGCAGCAAAAAUCCCGGAAGUUGCUCUGAGAUACACGGAUUGGGUGGAAAUUCAGGAAACGCUACAAAAUAUUAUGAAGUCCAUUACUCUGAUCACUCAUGCUAUUCUGAGAUACAAGAAUUUAUUGAGCUUCUCCGGCCUGUCAAUAUCAAAGGCAUAGUGUCUUCGAGAUCAUGUUGCAUUAACCCUCGUUACUACUUUGGUCACCUUUGUGGACCUGAGCAAGCUCUCUGGAGGGUACAGCAGAAACUUGACUACGAGGAGGAUUUAAGGAGGGCUGAAGUUGCUGAAAUAAAACCUAUAGCAGAUGGUGUUUCCCAUGUGUCAGGAAGGAAAAGGAAGAACGAUCACAUGAAUUUUUUUGGUAUACGCAUAAGUAGGGUAAGCUUGUUGGGGAGGUUGAGCCGUGGAGCUAGAAUUACGAGUACGGAGUCUUGCUCCGAAUGAUUGAAACACAUGGCAGUGUAUAUCCAGUUAAGCUGUUUAAAAAGAACAAUAAAUAUAGUUAUGUAACCAGUUGUAACUAAAUGACCACUUUAUUCUAGUUAUGCAGUUUAAUACUCCGAA